AUGGCCCUCAGCAAGAUUCAUGAGUUUGAUGCAAGCCAGAAGGACGAGUGCAGGAAUGCAGUUGAGCAAGGUCUGAGGAGGCUCAGAAGGGUCCUCAGGCUGCGAGAAGAGGAGAUUACCAUGAAGGUGGUGGCAACCGCCCUGGAACGUGCCACAAAAAUAAUAUUCCACUCGGUGGCACCUUACGACUUCAUGCGAGGCAAUGGGGUCCUUUUCAAGAAACUGAUGUGCAUGGCUGUGCUGAACGCUCAUGAUCUGGACCCUGGCUCAGCUGUCAAGACAGUUCUGAGCAUGGAGAAGAUUGGCCGACAGUCAUUGCGGCUGCACGUCCACGAGGGUGGCACGCUGGGUGACGUACUGUCUCAGCUGUCUGACCACGCACUCUCGAACAUGCAAGACUACAAGCAUGAGGAGCUGAUCGUCCUGUUGUGUGCGUUUGCAAAACUUGAGUUUACAGGAGGCAGAAAUCUUUUAGAUCACGUCCUGCCUGUGGUGUUGGAUCAGAUCGGCAACCUCAGCCCCAAGACUGUGGCAAAAUUGGGAUGGACCCUGGGGAGGUACGAUCUGUCCUCUGCCGAUAUCCCUCCCACAACUCUGCGUGCCAUUCUCAGGCAGGUGAAGGCCAGGUUCAAGAAGUUCAGCACCCUCGAUCUGUGCAGCACAGCCUGGGGCCUGGCCCGCCUCAACUGCGAGGACGCUGUCCCGCUGCUGCAGGCAAUCCUGGACACGGUGCAUUCCAGAAAGGAGGAGUUCACCCCUCUUGCAGUAUCAAGGCUGGUGGCAGCAUGCGACCUGCUCUCCUACCACCCUGGUGAUGGGACUCUGGACCUACUUGCCACCCUCUAUGCCAAGCAGGAGGCCAUCCUGACCCUUCCGUGCCUGGCUGAGGGGAUGGCCGGGUUCACAAACCUUGGCUACAAGGCAUCAAAGCUGUAUGCCGCCGCUGCCAGGACUGCCCUCGGGCCACAGAAGAAGCUGCCGCACGACCCUGGGGACGUCACCAAGUUCCUAGGCGUCAUGUCCCAGUACAGUGGCACACAGUACAUCGACCAAACCCUGGAUGCGGCACUGUGGACACUGGGACGCCGCCACAUCAGGGCAUCCACCAAAUGGGAUCUGGACAGCCACAAGAGGUCGGAGCUUUUUCCUGCUGUGAUUCACAGCCACGUUCAAAUGGACGGGCGGCGAGGCACCAACUUUGUGUGGAAGAACCAAGGGGAGAGGCUGUGCUUCGAGGCCUGGAGGGACAUCCAGAAGCAGAGGAAGCCCCACCCGAUCAUCGAUGACGUGAGGGGCGUGCUUGAAGGGAUGGGACACAUCUGCGAUGUGCCUGGGCUGGUUGGCGAUGGCCUCUUUGUCACAGAUGGCGUUGUGCACACCGGGAGGAGGAGUCUGGCCAUUAUGAUCGUGCUCAAGUCGCACGUGUUUAGGAACAACCCCCGCCGCCUGAGGGGGGACUUCGUGUGGAUGCGCAGGGCUCUGGGCCUGCUCGGGUGGCCAGUGUUGAGCAUCGCAGCUGCAAAGUGGGGUCGGCUGGAGACCCAAGGGGAGAAGGAGGAGUAUGUGGCCCAGAAGCUGUCGGAUGUUCAGGGCACUGUGAAGGCGCUGUAUUACAGGGAGGCCUUUUGGAACAGGAUGGAGGACAUCAGGGCAAGGGCCAGGGAAGGGGGCUCUGGCGAUGAUGGUGCUUGGGGCCAUGGCAGUGUGGUGCCGCAGGCGACGGUGGAGGUGGCGGAUGUGGAGGCAGUGCAGGCUCAGAAAUACGAUGAGCCAGAAGCAGAGGAGGCUAAAAUCCAUGAAACAACGCCAUUGGAGGCAGUGUUGACUGAGCUAUGCGAAGAAAGGGAGUCAGGCGUACUGUUGAAUCAGCCGCUCUAUGGGCCCAAGUGCCAAGAACAGGGGGCGCUUCAGUUUCGCAAGGAUUAUACUAAUGGUCGGGACUGUCAGAACCACGUAGGUGACCGCGGGCAAUCUAUGGUUGGAUUAAAUCAGGAGCUGGAUGUGAGCGUUGACGUGGAUGCACAACGAACAGAACAGGAGAGUGAACAGGGGACCACUCGUGCAGAAUCUGUUGUUUCCUGA